UCGGGAAGACUCUUGCCAUGCCACAGCCGACUCCUGGAGAUUCUGCUGGACUGGCACCGCUGAACUCCGAGGUACCACACAGCCACAGUGACAGAUGCUGGUGCCUGUAGAGGCCUCUCCCUCAGCAUGGAUGAUUUGGACUACAGCGUGCACAUCGCCGAGCGAGACUGGGACUCCUUUUACCAGGAGAGCGAGGAAUGCGACCUCCGGCAGGCGGCGCUCGCGGGCCUCGACGAGUCGGGCCUGAGCGACUUCGACGAGUCAGAAUGCUUCCUGCUAGGGUCCCGCCGCUCCAUCGACGGCACCACGGAUUUCACAGGGCCGACCGAUGAACAUUGUCGCGGUGUCGGUGGCGCUAAAGGCCCUGAGGACGUUUCCCCUGGCAGUAAGGAGGAUGAGUGUCAGCAGUCAGUAAACCAUGGGGCACCCAGGGACUCUGAGGGCGCGACAGCAGAGGAAGAGCAUGUAGUUAAAACCGACCAUCCUGGAAUGAUCGAGCUAACCAUGGAAUCAGCUGAACAGGGGAAUAAGGGGUCCACUGAGCAACUUACAGAUGAGAGGGUACUUCAGGUCUCCAAUGAUGUGGCUGUAGAAUCUGCACUAUUAACCAGCAAGGAUAGUGGACUUUAUAGCAGUCCCACUGAAGAGGACCUCCUGUCUGGGUUUAAAGGAUCGCAGGAAAGAGGGAACACAGGAGAAGAGGGGGCAGAUGGAGAUCUGUCAUCUCUAACAGGGUCCUCUGCCUCCUCCUUUGACCCUGACCUGGGAUUACAAAUGGGUGCAGUAGCAGGGCCUAGUCCAGACACACCUGAGAGGGACGAACCACUCAAAGAUGGAAACGAGGCACCCAGGAAAGAGAAAGAACGAUGGUUUGUGACCGUGAAUGUCGGCCAGCCGCGGCCCAGGGAAAACGCCGUGGCAAAAAAAAAAAAAAAGAAAAAAAAGCUGUAGUGAAGACCUGCUGGGAACAGGCUAUGGGUUUGAGGGGCAGGACCCAGCCUUUCAGAGUGUUUCAGAAGCAGAGAGAUUGGGUGUUUUGGAGCCAGAGAGACAGGAAUUGGACAGUACCCCUGAAUAUUUUUCCCAUGACUGUGAGCACCUUUUGGCAGACCCUGAUUCUAAACAAUCCAGUAAACCCCCUAUUUCAACUAAAGCCCAACACCACAAACUGAAAAAUGUUCAGAGUUCAUGGCCACCUGCACAGGAGCUUUCUUCUGUCUUACAGACUAACAAUAGUUUUGAAGCAUACAGGGAAGAGCUUCAAAAGAACCAAUGUGUAGAUGAUCUCCAAGAGAGACAGACAUUGACAGCUGGGCACAAUUUACACUGUAAUUCACAUUUAAGCGCUGUGCCCCAGAGUCAAGACAACCUGUCAGUACUUCCACAGAUGGACGAUGCACUUCAGAGCUCUCCGCCCACCUGUGCUAUGGUGAAUGAAAGGACAGACUCAUCAGAAUCUGCUCCUGUUGGAACCAGUAUCCCCCCAAGGCACCAGCAUCUUCUUGCAAAGCUGUUGUUUUCAGCUCAAGAUGACUCUGGUCGUGGCAUGUUAGUCUUGCGCACAGACUUUCACCAGGAGGAAUUUCCAAGAUCCCUCAAUCAUCUUCCACCCUCUAAGGAGGAUGGAAAAGAAGACAGUCAACAUGGCAUGCUGGCACUCACGCAGAAUGAUGGCACAGCUCAGAAUUGUCCAGAGCGUAGCAGCUCUCCAGAGACAACCGUCUCUGUAGAAUUGGCAGAAACUGGUAACCCUUGCUUAUCUGAGCUCAUCCCUGGUUUUGAGGAGCCAUGCUCCACAAUAGUUCCUGAGAGGUCUAAUAGACAGGACCUUCCAGAUCCUCCAGAUCAAGAAACCAUACGCCCAGAUGUAACAGACAAACAAAAUGUAUUGCCACGCUUGCAGUGCAUAAGUGUGUGUGAGCAGAAUUCAGGAACUGAGCUGGUUGGCUCAGAGCAGGCCGAAGGAUGUCUUUUAGUGCCCAAAAUGACAGAAAACUUUGUUCCUAACAUCUACAAUGGUAUUGAUUAUUCUGGAGAUGAUGCAAGAUCUCAAAAGAAUGAAAGCUGUCUAGAUCAUCAAAUAGAAGGGGACUUUGCGAUUGAUGAACCAGUGCAGUUACAAGAAAACAGUGUAGCCUGUCUGUGUGUUAUUGAAGAAGAUGAUGCACAGGUGAAACAUUUAACCCAUGAAAGAGAUUCCACUCUCUCUGCUUCUGAAAGUACUCAGCCCCUAAUUGUCACCAAUGAUAAUUUUUAUCCACAGUUUGAAAAAAGGUCAGAUUUUCCCACAACACACACAGCAGGGAAAUACAUGGCAGUGGCACAGCCCCACCUAGAACAUGCAACAGUACUAGCUACCAGUAACCCCACAAACACAAGCGAAAACUUUCUUGAAGUUGAUCCGAAGGACAGCUUGAUGCUUGAUUGCCAAAAACGUGAGACCCUGACACAGACUGACAGUAAUGAGUGUGUAAUUGACGAUGAGUGCUCUGAGUUCAUGCAGUCUCCAGUGCAUUGGAUAGAGGGUGAUGUGAAGGAAUUACGGAGCAAAGAUGUAUUGAAGGAGAACACAUCUCCUGCCCUCAGUGAUGUUCACACCCACCAGCUUAAUGCUGAUAGUAGCAUGGAGAGUGAAUCUGCUUUUCCCCAAGAGCAAAUAACUUGCAGUGAUGAGCUGGAGAACAGAGAGCUGGAUCAGAUGUUGGACCCAACGC